AGCGCGGCACCAGCUCACACAACGGAUUUGUGAAAGUAGCAGCGUGCAGCGUCAGUCGCUCUAAGCCAGCCAGCGGUUCUACAACGAUAGCACGUAUCGCAAGCGGGUUAGUGCACUUAGAAGUAACUGCUCAUAAAGACGCGACCAAUCGCGAACACUCCCUUAAGCUGAGCGCCAACUACGAUUUCGACACAUCUUUUCGAGUUUCCAUACCGAAGUUUCGAUUCGAAAAGACCCCGGUAUUGUGAUCGACUUCUUCAUUUUGCCCAGAGACAUCGCGAUUGUGAAAGUCAUUUGUCGUGUGAACAACGAACAAAGUGUUUUUCUUCGAUUUCAUCCAGUUCAGUGAAAGUGGCGAUGUAAAUUGAAAAUUCGCAGGAUGAUGAUGAUGAAUACGGAAGUUCUCCAAGUGGUCCACGAGAAGGAGCAUUGGAUUGAUGAGUCGCCCAUAUCUAGGGUGAGGGAAGACUCCUGGCCUAACAUACAGGAGGAGGUGACGCUAAUUGUGGACAAGAAGUCCAGAAGGAAAUCCUGGCAUGCCAUCAAGUUCGAAAAAAAGAGGCGAAAGGGUGUUGUGGAUCCAAGCACUCCUCCGGAGUCCAGACAGAAGAGGCCUUCUUGGUGGAAUAUUUUCGGGAAUUCGCAGUGGCCAAGAUCAAGAAGAGCAUCUCAAGAUACCGGUAGGGUUACAAAGGAUAAUUUUCCAUGGUUAAGGAGUAAAAGCAGAAGCGUUGAUCAUGGCAUUGCCACUCCCUUCGAUUUAGACGCCCUUAGAGCAAAAGUAGAUGGACAUUUGGACAAAAGCAUCGAAAGAGAUUUGAAUAGUUCAACGAAUAGUUUAUUGGAGAAGAAAAGAAGUGGACCACCCGAAAAUACAACGUUGUAUACGGUUGUUGAUAGAGAUACACUCACGUCAGUAGCCGCUAGAUUUGAUACUACCCCUACAGAAUUGACCAAGUUGAAUAGGUUAGCAACGCCGUAUAUAUUUCCGGGACAGCAACUCUACGUUCCACUUAGAGAAACAGUCGAAGAGGAAUCUGAAGGAUCUACGCCGGUUGAAGAAGCCCAUGAAGAUUUCCCAAGAGACGAAAAAGAUCUGCUGGACACCCUGAGGCCCGUCAGUCCGAAGCCUGGACAUGUGGAAAGAGUGCGGACCCUGUCCUGCGCCCAGAGCUCCUCGGACCAUGACGAGGAGUCGCCCAUCUUCAGGGAGAGGUUCCUCAAGAUCAACGUGCGCCACAUCACCGACGGCCAAGGGGUGGUCGGCGGAGUGCUGCUGGUCACCCCCAACGCGGUGAUGUUCGAUCCGAACGUGUCCGACCCCCUGGUCAUCGAACACGGUCCGGAAUCGUACGGUGUGAUAGCGCCGAUGGAGUUCGUGGUGAACGCGGCCAUCUACAACGAUAUAGCUCACAUGAGGGUGGGUCACACGCAAAGCAGCCAGACUGAAAAGCCCGAGAUCUACUAUCCGAAGUCGGAGAACAGUACAUCCGACAUGGAGCCCGAUUCUUUGUUGGUCAAGGACGAGACUUUUCCCGAGCUCGCUGGAGAUGACGCUGAAUCAGUCUGUUCAUGUACGGAAAGAGAAGGCGACGCCUUCCCUAAAGCGUUCGAUCGCGAUCUAGUAACUCCAACGAACACAGACGAUCCCGAACAACAACAAAAACUAUUGGAGGAGAGGAGAAAAUCACUACUAGACCAUCACUGGCCGGUGUCUUCUAGAGACAGAGCUUCGAUCGAUGUAGAUGAAAUGCCCAUCCAUUCGUCUUCAAUGCAAGAGGAACAUGUGGAAAAUAUUGAAGAAGAAGAUAUCAUAUCUAAGGAGAGUUGUCAUGAUUCGGGUAUAGAUAUCAGGGAAUCAAGUCUACCGCCUGUAAUUCCCAUACAAACCAAAAAACAAUACAGUGAUGCCGACAUAGUGCUGUCGAAAGAUUGGGUGCCACCUAUCACCAUAGCGCCCACAAAUGUUACGAACACGCAAGAGAUCUUCAGUCCAAGGAAGAAGAACAAUUCAGUAUCUUUCAGUUUGGACUCCACGUCAGAACUAGAUUCUACCUUACCAACACUAACAUCUAGUAUAGAAUCAAAGGAUGAGCACGAAAAGGCUGAAAAUAGAAAGAACAAAAUGUUAAAAAGACUGUCCUACCCUUUGUCUUGGAUGGAGACACUUGGAGGGGAGAAGGAAGACGAGAAACCCUCGAGUCAUCCUAAUUCAGCAGAUUCACACCAUGCCUCUGUGUUCUCCAAAGUUUUCUCAAGACGUUCUUCAGUUGGCACAUUCAUGAGACAACCAACGGAAUCAUCCAAAUCGAAGGUACCACCACCGAAGCUCGAUUAUCGGUCCAUGGUGUCAGUGGACGAUAUGCCUGAGCUUUUCGUUUCUUUUGAUAAACUGAUACCGCGACCAGCUAGACCCUCUGAAGACCCGCCACUGUAUUUGCGGCUGCGGAUGGGUAAGCCGAUGUUCAAGCCAAUCUCCAAGUCUACGCCACUCAUGUCGUACGGCAAGAAAAAGAUGAGACCGGAGUAUUGGUUCAGUGUACCAAAGAAUAGGGCUGACGAGCUGUACAAAUUCAUACAGGCAUGGGUACCUGAUAUCUACGGUGAACUCAACGAAGAACAGAUCAAAGAACGUGGAUACUCUCUGGUCGAGAUGGACACUGAAUUGUGGAGUGAUGAUCCCACUCCUUCUAAUAGCAGACACAACAGUCAAGAUGGGGAUAUUUCGGAAUUGACAAAAGACAGUUGGGAGCUAAUCAAGGCGCCGUAUGUAAAGAUCUACAGCAUAAUCAAGACGCAAACCAUGUCAGCAGACGGCAGUGACGAGGUGUUACCCAUGUCAGAGGAAUAUCGCAAGGCUUUCCUGUGCUCCGCGGCUCCCUCGUUGGACGUUGAAUUGACACCUCCCGAUCUAAUAGGAAACACGGAAAUACUGACGUACGAACAUCGUGAAAACUUGUGCCGCCACCUGCCAGCCAGAGCAGAAGGAUAUGCAUGGACCCUUGUUUUUAGCACUAGUCAACACGGAUUUAGCCUUAAUUCUAUGUAUAGGAAGAUGUACAAACUGGAAUCGCCAAUUUUGCUUGUUAUUGAAGACACUGACAAUAAUGUAUUUGGUGCUUUGACAUCUUGCACACUACAAGUUUCAGAACAUUUUUAUGGAACGGGCGAGUCUCUUUUGUUCAGAUUCAGUCCGGAAUUUCAAGUAUACAAUUGGACCGGCGAGAAUCUCUAUUUUAUCAAAGGGAACAACGAGAGCUUGAGUAUUGGAGCUGGAGAUGGAAAAUUCGGUCUCUGGUUGGACGGCGACCUCUACUUGGGCCGCACAGAAAUGUGUAAGACUUAUGGUAACGAUCCACUGACGCCUUCGGUAGAUUUCGUUGUGAAAACCCUCGAAUGUUGGGCAUUUGUCUCAAGUUAAAAUGUAUUUUAGAUAAUCUGAUUGUCGUGUAAAAUGCACGCAGUCAACUUCGAUUUAUUUGUGAUAAGAUUUGGCGGUUUCCGCAAACCCAAUCGAAAUUUCUCGUAGCCAUUUUUGCAAAAAAUAACGAUCUAUAAUAUUGCACAAGAUUUGAGCUUCUGUAUAACUUGAUGAGAUUCAACAUUCAACUGAAUAAUAAAAUUUCAAUCUUCAUUAUGUAAACCAUCAUUUUUUGAAAAUAUCGAUUCAUGAAAUUUUUAGAGGACCAAAUUGAUUUUGCAUUUCCUUUCAACUAAAAAAUAAAGGAUUGUCUUUUCUUAAUUUGAUCUAUAUAUAUAUAUAUAUAUAUAUAUAUAUAUAUAUGUAUAUAUAUAUAUAUAUAUAUAUAUUGAUGAUACACUUUCUCAGAGUAAAUCAACUGAAUUAUUCAGAAACUGAUCAAACAUUUUGCAUAUUGAAACUGACUUUUGGAUACAAUGCUCAACAUGUGCUUUUUCAAAUCAUUGAUAGUAUUAACAAAUAUUUGUUUUUUGAUCAAACUCGGUACCUUACAAUCUUAUUUCUCCCAAUUUCAAUAAUGUUACAUAUUAAAGAAAAAAAAUGUCAUUGAAAUAUUGACAAUAGCAAAGAUCAAUAAUGAAACCAUUAGUACUGCUAUCCAAACAUACAAGCUUACUUUGCAAAAAUUUGCUUGAAUAGCUAUGUACCAAACACUGAUGUAUUUGAAACAAAUAGCUACUUCCCAUAUUAUCAGGGAUAGUUCUGUUUUAAAUGUCAAAUAUUUUUUCAUUUGUAAUUAGUAAGUAACGCCACUUCAACCUCAUUUAGAAUAUAAUCUUCAUAAACUCCAGGUUUUCUUGAAUUACAAGUGAAAAUUUGGUGAUAUAUUUUUAAUAUUUUUAUCAUUGUGUGAGCAUGUGCUUCAAAAAUAUUUAGUGAAUAUAACAUGGUUAAUUCAACAUGUAUUCAAUAGCAUAUUUUUAAUUGACAUUAGAUCUUAUAAUUUAUUUGUAAAUGAUUAAGUUAACCCUUGACUGUAUUUAGUUACAAUUAGUCUCCCUAGUCAUUUUUCUACUCUAAUUAUAGUAGCUCUGAAUUCAGUUUGAGAGAAUGAGGGUUUAUAACAUUGUUGCAUAGUUAUAGGUUAUAGUCAUUCUGUGUUGCUUGGUUUACAACGAAUGACUUGGCACUCUUGAUUUUAUUAUGGUAAUACAUGUUGUUAAAUCUGUGCGCAACAAUCUUUGAACUAGACACAUACCUGUAUAGAUUUAAUGUGGGGUUUCUACUCGAAUGUAUCCUUUUUUGAAAGAUAAAUUAAUUUGUUUUAGCAAGACAUGGUAAAAUGUUCGAUUUAUUCAUCCUUUGAAUUCAGAGAUAGUCAAGUAAUUUUUAAGAAUCUGUAACCUACUUAUUUGAUGUUAUGAGAAAAUCUGAUUCAAUUAUAUCAAAGUCAAAUUUGUUCUGUACAGAUUUGUGUCGUUGCCGCCACCUGAUCUCCAUAAACAUGUAUACAAAAAACCAAAAAAAUUUAAUAAUUGUGAUUAUAUGCUUUCAUCUUUGGUACGAAGCUUAGGUUAAGAAUAUUCUUUAUAUGAUCAGCAAGAGAUGUUGGAGUGGUUGGCAGUACGUUCUAUGUUGCAUGCAGCCAGGUUCAGAGCGAUUGUGUUGUAGCAAUUGGAACAGGCUUUAGGUUUUAUGUCUAUCUGUCAAUUAGGUGCGUAGUAAACACGCCAUAUCAGUUGUCAAUUUGAUAAUUUAUUAUUAGAGGCUGUUAUGCGGACUGGUGUUAAUUUGUCACCAGAAGAAAGCGUCUCUUAGCUUGUUGAUACAUUAUUUAUAGUCAUCAGUCCGUAAAUUUACUUAGAAUUAGUUUGAUGUCUCAGUUGUGUAUUAUAAACAUUUAUCUAGAUAUUUAUCUGAGUAAUUUUCUGUAUAUAAACUGAAUAUAAAUAAAAUAGAACAGUGUAUUUUGAA